AUGUCUGAAGGGCUUGCAAAAGAAAUAGCCCCUUUCGGAAUCCGCGUAUUGAUUGUCCAACCUGGCGCUUUUACAACCAACAUGAUAAACCCUGUUCGUUUGACCCAAAAGCCGCUUUCCGAUGUCUACAGGAAUACUCAAGUCGCAGAAUUCGUCGGGGCUUUCGGAGAAAACGCAACUUUCACUGCGCCAAAUAAUGUUGAGAAAGGAUGUCAAGCUAUUUUUGAGGUUGUUACUGGCACCGGACGAGGCGCUGAUAAGGAAAAUUACAUCAGAAUGCCUCUGAGUAAGGAUUGUGCUCGGGAAACUCGCGAACACAUUAAGAUUUUGGAGGAGGGUUAUGAUGUAUUUAGAGAUAUUUGGGAGAGUACCGAACAUGAUGGUGGUGUCUUGAAGGCUUUUGGAAGAUGA